AUGCUGCAAAGAACAAUCCUCCGUGCCUCGCGCCAGGCUGCCCGCCGCUCAUCACCCUUCACACCCGUCGCCCAAGCCAGCGCCACACGAGCAACAUCCACACCCGCCCUGCGAUGGUACUCCGACGCCCCCGCGCCCAAGGAAGGCGAAGCGGCGGAGAAGAAGGACGAAGCCCCCAGCGAAGCCGCCCAACUGAAAGAAUCCCUCGAGAAAAAGGACAAAGAAAUCAUUGACCUAAAGGACAAAUACCUCCGCUCCGUCGCCGACUUCCGCAACCUGCAGAUCCAAACCAAGCGCGAAGUAACCGCAGCACGCGACUUCGCCCUGCAACGCUUCGCGCGCGACAUCGUCGAGUCAGUCGACAACCUCGACCGCGCCCUCUCCGUCGUCACGCCCGAGUCGCUCACCGCCAACAAGGACCUCACCACCCUGUACGACGGCAUCAAAAUGACAGACGGCAUCCUCAUCUCCACCCUCAAGAAGCACGGCCUCGAGCGCUUCGACCCCAGCGAUGCGAAGGAGAAGUUCAACCCUAAUGUGCAUGAGGCGGUCUUUCAGGCCCCGCAGCCGGAUAAGGAGGAUGGGACGUGCUUCCAUACGCAGCAGAAGGGGUUUAUGCUCAAUGGGAGGGUUUUGAGACCUGCCAAGGUGGGCGUUGUUAAGAAUGCGUAG